AUGCCCAGUUCCGGAGACACACACCGUGGAUCUUCAGCCUGUCCGACUCCCCCUACCGUACUCGAUACGCCCCUGCCGGGGUGUAGUGGCCUUGAAAGUGGUGUUCCAGCACCAGACUCGACAUGGGUUCAUGUUGGUAUUGGGACUACGGGUCGUAAGGUCCCAUGUCUGGAUCGACGGAUGGUGCGGACAUGGGUCGACGAAAUCACUCGAGAGGGCUCUCAGUGUUAUGAGCCUCGCCCGCUGUCAAAUGUUGUUGGCAUGCAAGCGUAUGACCCUACCCUUGAGAGAAUGACCUCCCCACUCACUUCAAACUCGACGAUAGUGACGACGGCGAGGGCACAUGAGGGCUGGUAUGAUGCCGUACCUCUCAACUCUAGGCGCUGGGGAAGCGUGGACGGAUCAACGUCGGAUGGUCAGUAUGAAGGCAUGGCGCAACUAUCGCUCUACUCUCCUGGCGCCUCGCACUAUCGUUGCGCCCCUAGUAUGUCUCCUCGUGCACCUCUUGAACUGGGCCGCCUGUACCCGGUCGAUCCGUCGGCAUGGGACGAUAACACACCGGAGUAUGACGUGCACACGCAGGCUGACACUACGAGCAACCCAUUGUCCCGAACGGCAUCGCCGCCACCGAAUGCGCGACUGCUAGAAAUGAAGCCUAAGCGCACAAGGGAAAGGCGACGAGGCAAAAACGGGGUGUGCUCCACGCCACGCGACAACGAUCCUCCGCCCUUCAACCUCGACGAAGCCUCAUUCAUCUUCCUCAAAGAACGCCUUUGGAGGGCCGAUAAACCUCUGCCCCCUACCAUGCUCUGCCGUUUCAAUAACUGUGGAAGGACGGUACCAAUGGAUGAAUCACGUCUGCGCGCGCAUUUCGUCGACCGCCAUGAUACGUUCACCGCUGAAGGGCGUACACUGUGCAGGUGGACUGACGAGCAAGGCCAAGAGUGCGGAGCGUUUACCGACGCGCGCAACUACCGUAUACACGUUCUGGACGUCCAUCUUCAUGCCUUCCGGGGUCAAUGCGAAGUCUGCCACAGCACAUUGAUAAACCCGGGUGGAAUGAAGCGGCAUCUCAAGAGGUGUCUCAGCGAUCUUACUGUCGAUGAUAUGUGGCGCCGGUUCGCAGUGCGGAUCGUUCAACCGGCUGAUGGAGAUCUACAAGGCGACGAGGGAAAUCGACAUGCGCGUAUCAUCCCUUCUCACGCAUAA